UGUUCCGCGUUGGCCUGGACGUGGCAGUGAGGAGGAGCAGCGCCCUCGGUUCUCUGCUCCGCCUGUCUCCGUCUCUUCCUCCGGCUCAGGCAGCAGUUUCUCCGGACUGAACGGCUCGCAGCCUCCGCCGUCGGCUUGUCACCUCCUCCUGCCGCCUCCUCGGAACACUUUGACCAAAAUGGGUCUGACCAUCUCGUCUUUGUUCUCCAAGUUGUUCGGGAAGAAGCAGAUGAGGAUUCUGAUGGUGGGUCUGGAUGCUGCUGGAAAAACAACAAUCCUUUACAAACUCAAGCUGGGAGAGAUCGUCACCACCAUCCCAACAAUCGGGUUCAACGUGGAGACGGUGGAGUACAAGAACAUCUGCUUCACGGUGUGGGACGUGGGCGGUCAGGACAAGAUCCGGCCUCUGUGGAGACACUACUUCCAGAACACGCAGGGUCUGAUUUUCGUGGUGGACAGUAACGACAGAGAAAGAGUCGCUGAAUCAGCCGAGGAGCUCUCCAAGAUGAUCCAGGAAGACGAGCUGAAGGACGCGGUUCUCCUGGUGUUUGCAAACAAACAGGAUCUUCCCAACGCCAUGGGGGUCAGCGAACUCACCGACAAACUGGGCCUGCACAGCCUCCGCAGCAGAACCUGGCACGUCCAGGCCACCUGUGCCACCCAGGGUACCGGUCUGUACGAGGGUCUGGACUGGCUGUCCAACGAGUUGUCGAAGCGUUAGACCACCUGACAGGAAGCUGGUGUCAGUGUCCAAACUGAGGAGGGGGCGGAGCUUAUCACAAGACUGUUUCUGUUUUGUUUUUUUUGUUUUUUAUAAAUUAUAAACUUGUCUGCAGCAGGAAGUGAUGUCAUGGACUCUGAGCUCACCUGGUUUCCCAUCAUCCUCCUCUUCUGGUCUUCUGCAGGUGUUGAUCUAUUCUUUUUAAUCCGCAUGUUUUAACUCCAGAUCAUGUGACAGGACGUUGUAGGGAGGGGGGUGAAAGGGCGGGGCUUAUGACAGGUGGGUGCGGUUACCUGGUCAUGUGAUGACUCAUUCCACAGAGCCGGACCUGACGGCCUCUCAUUCCUUAUUAAUGUGAAGAAGAAGACGACCGUGAUGCAAUAAAGGUUUUUUUCUUCUCAC